UCAUCAGGGAAGCUACAUUUGACGAUAUUCAGUAUUCACACAGAUGCUGUGCACGAAUGUAUCUGUAAGAGUGAGGUGUCUUCUCUUCCUUCAGAGAUGGAGUCUCAGAAUCCAAACCUGAUCUGCGCCAUAUGCCUGGAGCGUUUCCGGAUCCCUGUAACCAUCCCCUGCGGUCACACCUUCUGUCAAAAAUGCAUCACCACUCACUGGGACACCAAGAGCAAGUCUGACAUCGGACCUCAUUGCCCAUUCUGCAAUGAGGAGUUUGAGUCCAGGCCCAUUCUCAAGCGUAACGUGUCCCUGUCGGUCUUGACCGAGGCUGCAAACAGCACUGGCCCCUCCUGUAGAGAGGCGCUCAUGAGGGGAGGCGAAGGGGCAAGAGCCAUGCUGCUGUGUGAUCGCCAUAAAAAGCCUCUGGUUUAUUACUGCAGGCAGGACAAAAUGUCUGUGUGUUACGAGUGUGGCAUCUGUGAAUGCAUGAACCACGACAAGGUCUUGUUGGAGACAGAAAGGGAGAAUCAAGAGCUGCUGCUGGAAAGGAAGAGCAAGGAGGUGGGGAAACUCACGGAAGAGACGCAGAAAAGUAUAAAUGAGUUGGCUGAGAAUAUCAAUCAAGCUAAGGUGACUCUUCAGCAGACUUCCAACUGGGUCAAUGCCAAGUUCUCCUCCUUGAUAAAGAUACUUGCUGAGAAGCAGGAGGCUACAGAGCUCUUUAUCGAGGAGCAGAAAGAAGGUGCUAUCACUGAGGCGGAGGCACGACUAGCUGAACUCAAGGAGCGCUCCCAGAAACUCAGAGAGACCCAGGAACAGAUAGCAGCUGUACAUAACCUCCCUGAUACAGAGCUCAUCAAGGAAUCACUGGUCAUAGAAGUUCCACGUUUCAAAGAUAUUCCCACAGAUGUAACAUCAAACCUUCAAGAUCGAUUAAACGGCGUCACAGAUGUCCUGUCGCGAGUCUCCAAGCUGGUGUCUGAGGACUUGGAGAAAGCUGUGAGCACCGCUGUGGGUCCGGACAAAGACGGUUCCCCUCAGGAUAAGAGGCCAGUCCUAGCUGUGGUUCCCAGUCCAGCUGCUCCAUGCCACCCUGGUGGGAAGGAAGGCCUCAGUGCUUACAGAUGCUCUCUGACCUUUGACCCUCGCACAGCCAACGGCCACCUGUUUCUGUCCCAGGAGAACCGUAGGGCGGAGCACCUCACCUCUGGGCCACGCCCCGUUCCAGCCCACGAAGCCCGCUUUGAUCACACCUGGCAGGUGCUCUGCUUUCAGGGCUUCACCCAUGGACAGCACUACUGGGAGCUGGAGGUGUCCAAGCCCUGGGCCUACCUUGGGGUAACCUACGACACCAUCCCCAGGAAGGAAAAGGGCAAGAGGUGCAUGGUGGGUAUGAACGAACUGUCCUGGAGCCUGCAGCUGGACGAGCAUCAGCUCAGCGCCUGGCACAACGGCCGACGGGAGACCCUGGCCGGUCACUCCCAGCACAGUCGCAUCGGCAUGCUGCUAGACUACGAGGCGGGGACGCUCACCUACUACGGAGACGGGCAGACCAGGCUCCAUGCCUUCCACUGUGCCUUCAGCCAGGAGCUGUUCCCUGCCUGCUGGAUAGGAGAGGGGGUCAGCAUCACCCUCUGCUCCACAUGAGCUGACUCAUAAAGAGACGUGAAGAAGGGAGCUCAGUAACAAGAAGCCCUAUCAAACAUGGGCACUAGCUGACUCAACAUAGACGAUCCUCCUUAACCAUUUUAGAGGUUUUUAAAUCUUUCUUUUUUUCUCUUUGCAACGACUGCCUUCCUACAUUUGAAGCAGUAGAACUUACUGUAAUGAGCCUACUCCCCCGAAACUGACCACCUGGCUUUGGUUGAUUCACGUUAUUACUUACCACAUGACAAUAACAGCUAAGGUAACAGUCACAAACUCUGGUCCUGAAGGUUCUAGUUUAAGGACAGCACUACUUCAUUCUGGUUUGUUUGUUUUUUCCUUCAAAGUAUGUGUGAAAUAACCCUCAAUUUUAGAUUGUUACGGCUUUUAGGUAGGAAAAGAUCAAUCUACACAACUCAGUGUGUCAGAUUAUUGUACUUUCAGUACAUAACAUUGAGUUCCCUUGUUCUGCUGCAAGGCAGUACACAUUUAUAACAGGUGAAUGGGCUCACAGGCAAAUAAGACAUUAUAAAGGGUAUCAGAUGAACACAGUGGUUAGUUUAUCCACUGUGUUGCUUUGAGAGUGCUACAACUACAACUAAACUGAAUACUCCUGCAUUAUUUGAUUGAACCCUAAGUGUUAAGUAAGUGCCAUUUGGCUGGUGACAGUGUUUGCCGCCAACUUAUGUUGCACAUGUCAGACUUUUACUGCCCCUGACUGUAGUCUGCUUUGAAGAAAUGGUUCAGAAUUUUUUGGGAGAUCUGCUUAUUUGCUUUUUUGCUGAGAGAAGAGCAGAUCAAUACCACUCUCAUGUCUGUGUGGUGAAUAAGAAGCUGCCUGUUAGCCUAGCUUAGCGGAAAGACUGGAGACAUGGAAACAGAUAGCCUGCUCCAAUGUAACAGAAUCUGCAUCCCAGUAUUCUGAAGCUCACUAAUCAACAUGUCCCCUGGAAAAGUUGAAGACAUAGUCCAACGCAUAACCUUAAGUGGUCAUUUUUUCACGUUGGUUAUUCCAUAGACUUAAAAAAAAACAAAAAAAAAAAACAAGAUGGUAUGUGUUAUUCAGUGAGGUGCUGGCUGGUGAGCGUAGUUCCAUUUGGACAACCAGGCUGUUAUGAAGUCUUUAUUUGAAGCCAUCCUUUUGGCAGCUGUAGCCUUAUAGUAGACGUGCAAACAUGGAGAUGCAUCGAUCUUCUAAGUCUUGACAAGAAAGUGAAUAAGCCUUUUUUCUUCCAGGAACAGAGCCUCUACUUUUCUUCAGCCAGUGUGGUUCCUCUAAUGUGGAGCUCAACAUGGGUGAAGCAAAGACAAAACAUUUCUGCAAUAACGAGAAGCCAUUUGUUGAGGAAUUGCUAAAACAUAAUCUUUAUGAACAGGUAUCUUCCUAUUUAUGCAGAAUCUGUGGCAACAAUGGGACAAAAUUGCUACUGGAAGUGUAGUCUGUUUGUAGCCUGUAGUAUAGACCAAUCACAUUAAAGUAGCACAUAAAAGGUUUGAAAUGCAAUCUCAGAACCCAUCGGCUGUCGUGUGAUGACAAGUUAGCUUUUUUUUUUUUUUUUUUUUUUCUGUUACAGCCGGAAAAGGGUGGAUUGCCCACUCCAGGUUAGGGAGGACGUCCUGCCUCAGGUGGAGGAGUUUAAGUAUCUCGGGAUCUUGUUCACGAGUGAGGGUAGGAUGGAACGGUGAAAAGGGAGCUUAGCCAGAAAGCAAAGCUCCCGAUUUACGGGUCGAUCUACGUCCCAACCCUCACCUAUGGUCACGAGCUCUCGGUAGUGACCGAAAGAACGAGAUCGCGAGUACAAGCGGCCGAAAUGAGUUUCCUCCGCAGGGUGGCUGGGCUCAGCCUUAGAGACAGGGUGAGGAGCUCGGACAUCCGGGAGGGACUCGGAGUAGAGCCGCUGCUCCUCCACAUCGAGAGGAGCCAGUUGAGGUGGUUCGGGCAUCUGGUAAGGAUGCCUUCCGGAUGCCUCCCUUGGGAGGUGUUUCGGGCAUGUCCAACUGGGAGGAGACCUCAGGGCCACCCCAGGACACGCUGGAGGGAUUACAUCGCCCGGCUGGCCUGGGAACGCCUCGGGGUUCCCUCAGAAGAGCUGACGGAGGUGGCUGGGGAGAGGACUGUCUGGGCUUCUUUGCUGAAGCUGCGACCCGGACCCAGAUAAGCGGAAGACGACGAGUACGAGUACAAACUGUAUUCAUAUACACAUGUCUGUUUAUAGAGUGGUGCAGGGAUCAGCCCUAAAACCUGGACAUGAAUUAGCAUUUUAGCACCUCGGUUCCCUCGUCUCAAAGUCAGUGGGUUUUUCAGUAGGUUUUUGGUUAGAUGCCUGAAAUAAGGUCUGUUACACAAGCUAAAGAGACUUUUGUUCUUUGUUAUCAACAAAAAAAAAUUCAGUGAAUUCCCAAUUAGUAAAUUCUGAAGCUUUAAUGAGUCUUCAAAAAAGGCGGUUGCCAAGAAGUGGCUAAAUGAGACAACAGAACACCAUCACACCAAAUUCUGCUUUAAAGCCUUGUGGUGGUGACAUCCAAGUCAUGUAACUGUGGUGUAGUUUGCUUUUGUCUAACAUUAGCUUUUAACUUCUGGCGAUUGAAUUUACACUUCAGAUAUAAAAGUGAUGUUAAUUUCUGUGGAUAAUCUUGCUGAACAAAACUUUUGUUUGCCACAGAGCUUGUCUGCAGUAAUCUAAAAUCCUAUAGAAAAAUCCUAUGAGCUUUUUGUCAAGGGAACCAGGGUGACGCUAACUUUCGCAUCGGUCUACAAAAAAAAGGUCAUCCCUGCAGCACUCUACAGAGAUUAGAUGAAAUUCCCUGUUAUCCACUUGCUACACUGGAUCUCCCAAAAUGUUGCCCCCCUGGAACUUACUGUCGUCUCGCUGAUGGGUUCAGAGAUUGGCGAAAACUCAACAUAUCUCCCAAGCUAUCUGAAAAUCUGACAAUGCUCCUGGUUACACUUGAAUUUUGAACAUUUUAAGUCCAAGUAUAGGCCUCAAGAGACAUAGAACAGCUAAAAGUUAUAUUUAUGCGUGCAUCAACUUUUUUUUUUAAUCCCUGAACUCAACUUUUUUUGUCUGUGGGUGGGAUUCAGUCCACAGAAGGAUGUGAGCCAGUUGACAAAGCGGUGCGUACAGAACAAUAAGCCACCGCAGGGUGUACUGAAUAGAACUCGUUUCAUCAGACAUUGUCCCCCUGGUGUAUAAUAAGUGAUGUGGGCGAAACCAAAUCAUGGGCUGUACAUUACUACUGAGAACAAUGGAUCACCAUUUUUAUCGUCUUGGGAUCUUUGAAUGAAUGCACAAAUGGCGCUGCCUGUACAGUCUCUAACCUGUGAUGCUGACAGUGUUGUGAUGGGAUCUGCUGUACUGUACAGAUGUUUUUAACAGGCUUUUAGCCUUUUUAAAAAAAAAUAAAAAUAAAAAUCAUGAGCACUUA